ACGCUCCAGUCAUCCUGUAUCCACUCAGCUCCAAUGGUUCUGCUGAAGGAAGUUACUGACCACAGUCUGUUUGGUUUGGACCGCUACACUGGACAGAUCAGAACACUUCGCUCAUUCACAGAGACAGACGAGGCUGAACAUAAACUGGUCAUACUGGUUAAGGAUAAUGGCAACGUUUCACUCUCAGCAACAGCUACUGUGAUUGUUAAACUGGUGGAACCAAAAGAGGCUUUUGCAGCUUCUGAUGUUAAAAGUGCAGCAACGGAGAAUGAGGAUGAUCAUGUGACUUUUUACCUGAUGAUCACUUUGGGUGCAGUUUCAGUUCUAUUUAUCAUCAGUAUCAUCGUGCUGAUUGCAAUGCAGUGCUCCAAAUCUACAGACUAUACUUCUAAAUAUCUGCAAGAGACUAAUUAUGAUGGGACACUUUGUCACAGCAUCCAGUACAGAUCUGGAGACAAACGCUACAUGUUAGUCGGACCCCGGAUGAGUAUUGGAUCUACUAUAGUACCUGGAAGUCAUGCAAACACACUAGUACUGCCUGACAGGAGGAGAACAUCUGAAGAGCAGCAACGUCACAGUGAACGUGUUCAUUCUGGAUCAGAACGACAACGCUCCAGUCAUCCUGUAUCCACUCAGCUCCAAUGGUUCUGCUGAAGGUGUGGAGGAGAUUCCCCGUAAUGUGAACGCAGGACACUUGGUGACUAAAGUCAGAGCCUAUGACGCUGAUAUAGGAUAUAAUGGCUGGUUGCUGUUUUCACUGCAGGAAGUUACUGACCACAGUCUGUUUGG